GAAAGCCAAAGAAGACCAGCUUCCAAUGUUUCUCCUGUGGCAGCUAGAGCCCUCUUCUUUCAUCACAAAUGAGAGAGAAUUCCCUGGUUUUUUGUCUUCCUAGAGAGAGAGCAGAUUCCUGAUUUUAUGUUCUCCAAAAAACAAGUCCCCACUUUAGUUGUUGCACCAACAACAAGAAAAGAAGAAAGAAACAAUAGAAUUUGGAGCCAAGGAAGAGGAAGCUGACAAGCUUGUAUAUUAUAUUUAUCACUAUAUUUUUCCUCUCUCAGUUUCAAAUGUCAAAUAUCUCAGGUGAUGAUGGAAGCUUCUCUUCAGGAAACACUGGAGAGGAAGUCCAGCAGCUUGAACAGAAGCAGCAGAAACAACAGCUGCAGAAUAACUUUCCUGGCUCAGGUUCAGGACCUUCUGGUGCUUCGAACAGCAAUGAUUCUACCUCUCAACAGCCACAGCAAGCAGCUAAGAAGAAAAGAAAUUUACCAGGAACUCCAGACCCAAAUGCUGAAGUUAUUGCUCUAUCACCAACAACGCUUAUGGCGACAAAUCGGUUCGUGUGUGAGAUCUGCAACAAAGGAUUCCAAAGGGACCAAAACCUGCAAUUGCACCGAAGAGGUCACAAUCUUCCAUGGAAGCUAAGGCAAAGGUCGACCACUGAGGUCAGGAAACGAGUCUACAUAUGCCCCGAGCCAACUUGCGUCCACCAUAACCCAGGUCGCGCACUAGGGGAUCUUACAGGAAUCAAGAAGCAUUUUAGCCGUAAACAUGGCGAGAAGAAGUGGAAAUGCGACAAGUGCUCAAAGAAAUAUGCUGUGCAAUCUGAUUGGAAAGCUCAUCAGAAGACCUGUGGUACUAGGGAAUACAAAUGUGAUUGUGGAACCAUCUUUUCAAGGAGAGACAGUUUCAUCACCCACAGAGCUUUCUGCGACGCAUUAGCUGAAGAAAACAACAAGGUAAACCAAGGACUAAUGAACAACAUGGGAUCCAACUUACAAAACCAAAUGCCAGAGAUCAUGUCAUCAAUGCCAACGAGCAAUGCCAACACAACUAUGGGAAUAUCUGACUUCAACAACUUCGACCCCAAAAACCCGCUCAAAUCCCUUCACCAAGAGCUAGUUCCAAUGCCGUUUAAGUCCAUGAACAUGGGGGGAGGCAUGUUUUCAAGCAGCUCAGGCACUCUGUUUGGCGGCCCAAGAAGCAUUUCCUCAGCUUCCUCUAGCCUACAACUUAGUUCAAAUAGCUCAUCUGGCUUCAAUUAUUUACAAGACAGCAAAAAUGGUUUCCAAAUUGCAGGGUUGAACCACAUGUCUGCAACAGCCUUGCUGCAGAAAGCAGCCCAGAUGGGUGCAACUGCAAGUAAUAGCAUAAAUUCUCCCAUGAUGCAAAAAAGCUUUGCUAGUGGCAUGGCAGGACUUGACCAGUCCAUCAGAGCAUCAUCUUUUAGCGGAAUUCAGCAGCAGAACACAUCUUACGAUCAGUUCCCUUCACAAACUGAUCAGUCAAGUAUGGUUGGGAUCAACGAGGGAGGAUUCUCCAACCCGGUCAUGCAAAAAAGCCCCAAUGAAAUGGCCCAACUUUUUAAUGCUGCCUCAGGAAGCUCAGCAAUGAAUGAUAUGGGAAUGUUCACUAGCAUGUUCAUUAAUGGAGCUGACCGAAACCAAGGCUUGAUGAAGAACUUGGAACAUGAAGAUAGUGGUAACUCUAGCUUGUUACAAGGAAGAACUCAGGCGAUGGAAAGGAACCCAACGGGGCCAUCAAUAUUUGGAGCGAGCAGUGCAGCAAGUAACAUGACCACCCUUGAUUUACUGGGGAUGGGAGGAUCAAGGUCAGUCAAUUUGCAGGAACAGCAACAUAAGCAACAAAGAUUUGAACUGGAAGCAAUAAGCCAACAAAGACUGCCGAUGAUAAACCCUUUCCAACAACAGCUCUCGUAUGGGGAUUCAGCUAUUGAAGAGCCCAUCUGGGAUGUCUGAGAGCCACAGGUUU